AUAAAUAAUGAAAGAUUAAUUCCCUUCCAAUUUUGUAUCUUUCAUCUCUUUUUAUAGCUUUAUUUUAGGUCUAUUCUAGUACAAAUAUUUAACAAGGUGCUGUGUUUAAUAGAUACCUUUAUCAUAUAAUGAAGAUAGCUGUUUCAUUAGCUUAACAAAUUACCUCUUCUCUGUUUUUUUGUUUAGCAGUGCAUUUUUGACCAUUUAACCUAUGAAUGAUUUUAUUGUUAGUCUCUGGGUUAUAUUAGCUAGUUUAUAAAAGGUUGCUUCAUGAUGUUAAUCACUAGGGAGCAUUAGGAGGAGCAAACACGUAAAAAUAGCAGGUUCCCUCAAAAGAAGCCACAUUGGCAAACAAAGGUGCCUUAGAAUCAUCAGCGGAGUUUCCAAAUAUUCUCAGAUGCUCAUGCUCCCAUAGGGAGUUUGACUCAGAUCCCUACCCCUGCCCCUGCUCCUGAGGUCUUGCCCUUGCUACUGCCUUUUCUGUUGUUUUCUUGUUUUUGUUUUUGUUUUUUUAAGAUUUUAUUUAUUUAUUCAUGAAAGAGACACAGAGCGAGGCAGAGACACAUAGACAGAGGGAGAAGCAGGCUCCCUGAUAUGGGACUCAAUCCCAGGACCCUGGGAUCACACCCUGAGCCAAAGGCAGACACUCAACCACUGAGCUACCCAGACUCCCCCCUCCCCCCUUUUUUUUCCUGUUUUCUUAAAAAAAUCUCUGUGUGUGUAUUUACAGUUCUUUUAGGGAUCUCUCUUAGGGUAUUUAUAGUUGUUUCUGAAGUUUUCUUUUCCCCAUAGAGUCGUCAUCUUUGUUCUAGCUGCUUUUUUCUAUUUAUUCUGUUUUUCUUAUUAGAUGCUUUCUUCUGAUUUCUGGUGAUCCUCAACAGUCAGCUGACUUAUGAGUGGAGCCACUAGAAAGCUGUUGGAAGCUUUCUGUACUGAAAUAGGGCUUGUCGUGAGUUAAUGCAGAUAAACCCAGGUACUGCCAUUUGCCCUUAUAAUUACCUCUUUUCUCUUGGGCUGGAGGUCAGCUUUACCAGAGAAGACUCCAUUCUCCUGUAGGGGCUAGGCCUGUUUGCCCGUGUUCCGAUGGCCAGAUAGGGCAAGUAUACAAACUUCACUGAAGACCCUGGUUUCAGCAGGGUGCCCCACCCCCAUACUCUCUACCGGGAGGGGUCAGAGGGCCGAGUGCUUCACCAACAAAACUUUCCACUCUUUUCUGUUCUCACUCCCCCGUCCAGAGUUACUUAGUGCCCAUAUUUCUCAGACUCUGAUGGGUUCUGCAGGGUAAAUCAGAUUGCUUCAUAGCUUUUCAUUACUGGCUUAGAUUUGAGCUUUCUGAGGACUGCAAAGCCAGUUACUGCUUGUUUACCUGCUUUCCAGCUCCCAACAUUUUGUUGCAGUUUUUUUCCUCUCCUGUUAUCUUAGGCUGUGUUUUUGAAAAAUCGAAUUAAUACUCUUUUAGUAGGGUUCAGGAGAGAUUGGAGCUACAUUUUAUUCAAUUUGCCAUCUUUAACUAGAUUUUACUCAAUUGUCUGUAAAUAGAAAGUUCGCACCCUGUCCUUAUUGACAUUUUCUGUCUAGUGCAUAGAUUUGAUGUUCUAAAGCUGUGGUCUAAUCAACCAGAGAGCUUUCUCAUUAAUUUUCUCUCUGAAUAUUAGAUAAAUAAGUCACUUCAGCUUUGUGUAUUUUAGGCCUUGUUUUGAGGAAAAUAAGAGCUUAGUCACUGACUUAACAAAGUUAAGUCUCUUACGAUAACAAUUUAAAAGUCAGUAGGCAGCAAACCCUGUGGUUCAGCAGGUGGUGGUUCUCCACAGAGCAGAGCCCAGGCCAAGGGAGUCAGUGCUGCCCACCGAAGGAGGCCAGUGGUUUCAGGCACUAAGCUGGAGAUGACUCAUAGGCUGUAGAGGAGUAGGUCUGGAGGAACCCAGGAGGACUUUGGUGGAGGUAGAAUCUCCCUAAACAAAUCUAGUUUGGUUUUCUGUGAGCUACUUUUCCCUCGUGUUUAGCCCAAGCCCCCAAGGUUUCAGCUGGACUUCUAGUCCCUUGUCCCACACUCACCAUCUCCCCAAGUGGGGAAGGAGUUCAGUCCUCUGCCAGGGAAUGAGAGGGCGAAGCAGGAGUUUGCCGGGUGGGCAGUGGGCAGCAGGCUAUCCUAGGAGGGUGCAUGAUGGGGAAGCAUGGUCUUGACAGAACGUGGCUCCUUAAAGAACUAGCAAGUGGCCUGCCCUCAGGCCUUGGUAGGAAGGAGGUGUGCAGCAGUGGCAAGGGGCUGGCCUCACCGGCUGCCAGUUGGGCGUUAAUGGAUUUUAGUGAUGCUGUCUUAAUACUUUAUUGAGGAUAAAUACACACACACACACACACAGACAUUUUUCAUAUAAAAGAUUUUAAAGGUGCCGACAAAUGAACUCCCAUGAUCUUGGGGGCAGCCUGCCCUCUUCUAGGCAGCAGGUAGGCUUAUCUUACAUGAUAGUUGAGUUCUCUUCUGUAGCCAUAUUUUUUAAAUCUAUUUUUUAAUUUUUAAAAAAUUUUAAGUCACCUCUGCACCUAACGUGGGGCUCAUAAUCAUGACCCUCGAGACCAACAGUCACAUGUUCUACCAAAAUGAGCCAGCCAGCCACUCCCCCCCGACCCCGUAGCCAUAUUUGAAAUGAAAUUUGUACAAGUUGUUAACUGCUUGAAUUUCUAAAAGGACGUUAUUAUAAAACUUUGUUUUUCUUUUGCUUUAAUCUGAUGCAGUGAUUGAAACACAAAAUAUAUGGCCCAUGGAUUAGGAAAUAUCAAUGACUUUGUGAACAAAGAGUUGAUAGCACAAAGGGAUUUUUUUUCCUGUUUUCAUCUAAGUCAGUGCCUUUAACCUGUUUGAAUCUUGGAAUCCUUAGCAAAUCUGAAGAAAGCUUUGGUCCCUCUCCCCAUAAGAACUCCAGUAUACAUGCCUCCUCGUCUUUUACAGAAUUUCAGAGAAUUCACAGCCACUUACGAACCCCUGUUCUAAGUUAAGAGUGAAAACCCAGCCACGGCCAUCUGGUAAGGUACUUAUCAAGGCCUCACAUCUGUUAUCCUCAACCAAGUUAGUCCUGCCCCAUGAGCACCUGUUUUGCUGAUUAGACCAUAUACUGAGCCCCCACUCUUCUGCCAUACUUGCUCAGAUACAAUACCUACCAAAUUUUAUAAUGCAUGUGUGUAAUAAGAAAUAAUAACAUAGAGGUUCUGAGAAUCUUCUUCAUCUUGUUGAUGUUUCUGGAUAGUUUUUUUGUUGAUGUUAGAAACUUGCUACCAAAGUCCUUCAAAGAACUGAUCCUAAGAGAAGGACCCUCUCUGAGGGCUCCUAGAGACAAAUAAGCAAUGAAUUUCCACCCACCCCGCUCCAUGAUUGUCUAUUUCAUAUUUUGUGAGUGUAAGAAGAAAACAGAAACUUGAUGCCCUUUUAAAACUGGUUUUGACAUAUUUAUGUGAAAACAGUCCCAAGUUAUGGGAAUAUGAGGCACAGGAGAAGGUUUGGAGCAGAACCUUCUUACCCACUAGGAAUGGUGAUGAAUGGAGUUAAAAAAAAAAAAAAAGCUUAGAGUACCCAUGCUGGAAGAUUAAAAAUGGAAAUUCAGUUUCCUCUCAAAAAUGGGCCUUGCAUUGUGUCACUGGGCACAAUGGAAAUAGAAGCCAGAAGUCAUAGUUUAUUUUGAGAAUGUUGUAGAACAUUUGUCGUCCCCCAUUAGAUGAUUGUGUUAUGCAGCACUAGGGACAUCCUAGAACUACACUUGUGCUCUGACCUCUACCAUCAUCUACCACCCGCUCUCAGGGAACACAGUCUUUCCUCGCUGUUGCCAUAUAUAUAUGUUCUUAUUCCAAUCUGAUCCUCCCUCAUCCCCAAAAUAAUCAGCAUGAACAGAAUGAAGCAGAUGGCACAAGCCUUCUUUGGCAUACUGGCAGAUCUGUAUCACUCACUCAGUAUUUUUAGAAUCAAGGGGAUUGAAAAUUAUGUCCUGAGAUGUUUUGGGGGAAGACUUAACUAUCUCUCCAGGGUGACAGGUGUUGAAAUAUUACCAUAUUUAAGACUCAAAUGCAAUCUAUAUGUCAAGUCACAGAAUAGACGGAUUAUCAUCAGGACCAUCCCUUUGUCAGUUCUCUGUUAGGAUUGUUGAUGGCUUGCCAGAUAAUAGAAAGUUAAUCACAAGUCUGUUUUAAGGAUGUGGCCAGAAAGCGCAUCAGGUUUCAACCAAAGAUUGGAAUCAGCGGCAACCAGCCAGUACUGGUCAUGUACAUGGUGAUGGGGGACGUUGUAUUAUCCACACGGUUUAUUUUUUUAAAAAUAGCUGAGCUUUGAUCCUCAGCCACAAUGAAUUUGUAGUCUGUUGAGAAAGACUAUUUUUAUAGGAGUUUGUGAUAACAUCAUGAAAACAGUGUAAAUAUUUAUAUUUGAAGGUCCACAUUAAUGAAAUACACAGUCGUGGUGAAUGAAAUAUCAAAACCAUUUGUGAAUUUGAAUUCAUCAUUAAAAACUUUCUGAAGAAAUUAAAGAAUGUUCAUUAUCAUAUAAUUAAUUCAGCUCAACAUUUGAGGACCAACUUUGCACUUAGUGUUAGGCUAGGUGUAUUUAACACAUAGACCUAAAACAUACAAAGUCUUGGGAAAAGACAUUCAUGAAUGAACUAUGGAUAAAAAUGUUUAAGUGACAUUUUUUCUUUAAAAGUUCCAUAGGAACACAGAGAGGAAAUAGGUGUCACGUUUAAAUAAAAUAUGCCAAGUCUAAAAGUCGCUGAUUAUAUACCUACCAUCUUUGAAGGGUCAAGGAAAAUGCAGGUAAUGAUGUUCAUGACUGUUGAACUUUGGUAGCUGGAAAGAGGAUCUGGGAAAAAUUUAUUUAGUGCUUUUUUUUUUUUUAAGUUUCAGUUGAAUAGAUCUUACUUUUUCCAUCAGCCAAAGUUGAUACCUGUUGAGAAACAAAGAAUGCUAGUUUUUACUUGCAGUGUCAUAGGUCUUUUCUGCAUGUGUGAGUAUAUGUGUUUUCCAGACUACUAUGAAUUAUUCCCACUGUGAAAAACGGAUGGUGGGUUAUGUAGAGGGAGGGAACAUGUGUGUUGUUUGCCUCGUAUCCAUAGCUGAGUGGCUAGAACCCUGUGCCAGUUGUGCAGCUGAUGGCUUCUACUUUUAAUCUCAGUGUUUCAUAAACAACCUAUAUUUGUGUGGUGUGUUUUAAGAUUAUCCACGUAUUUCAGAUCCCUGCUGUUCCAGCUGGUUCCCCCCAACAGCCCAUUAUAUGCAUCAGGUGGUGUCACAAAUGAGGAAACACACUCAAGAUGUAGCUAACAAAUGGACAAACUAGAAUUUGAACUGGGGCAUCUUUCCACGGUAUUCAUAGAACAAGUGACCUGUUCUACGUAAACCCCUCCCACGCUUCAGGGAAACACCUGAGAGUGAAUCAGCAGUGCAGUUGUGUCUGAAGGAAAGCAGAACCUUGCCCUCCUCUCUCUUGAGUGUGAAACUGAGCUAUGCUACCUAGUAUAGCAGCCACUAGCCACAUGGGGCUAUUUUAACAAUAAUUUCAGUUUCUCAGGGUCACACUUUGAGUGUUCAGUUGCCGUCAUGUGUAUGACAUUUCCGUCAUCACAGAAAGUUCUCUUGGACAUACUGGUCAUCUCUCCUAAAGCAAGAGUGGGGAGAAUGAAUUUAGUGAGCAGAGUUGAAAGAAGUGUAUUCAGGGGGUUGGUGGGAAAGAAAUCCCCCACCACCACACCAGUUCUCCUGAGGGCCUGGUGUUAUUCUGAGUUCAGCUAUAAUGAGAACAAGGAAAAGAUAAAUUUCAGAUUUCAUACUGUGUGUACAUUUUCAGCUUUUUGGAUAGACCUGGAAAGAACACAAAUUUCAAGUGAAUGCAUUUAAUGACAAUGAUAAAUUGUGGGACUUUUAUAGCUGGACCAGUAUUACGGCCAGACUUAAGCUGGAUGAGAAGUAGGACACAUCAUGAGACCUGGCAGCAGAAACUCGGCCACACAGAAUAGCAUUCCUGGAAGGAGUCAUUUGGUCUAUGGCCACAGUUGUUGGGGAUGUCUCAGAGGAGGGCCUCGGGCAUGAACUGCAGUACUAGGAGGGAACGAGGAGUUGGGGAUAAUGAUCUCGGUUCAAGUCACACUUGGUGACAGAGGAACAAGGGAUGUGUGUGCUGCCAUCAGAAGGAAAGUUUGGUGCCAAGAUGCUGGCUGAGAACACCCAUGUCGCCAGCCUUGGAUCAGAGCUGAAGCUGCAGGUCAGAGUGCGCACAUCGGCUCUGAGAGUUCCAGGCAGGUGGGGCAGGAUGGUGAGGGCUGUCUGCCUGCUGCUGGCUCCUUAACUCUGGACGCUAAACACAUCUGAGCUAGUUGAUGAGGAGCACAAGAAGUUUGCUGCAGUUUUUGCCCAUUCCAAAAGGAAUGUCUGUUUUCCUGUGUACAUGUGCUGUGAGGGGGUACGUUUAAAGAUGCUUAAGCUAUUGUGACAGUAAAAUUUCACCAGACUCCAGCUUUCUGAUCUGAAAGUAACCGUGAAAAGGUAAGUAAAAAUGAACUUUUAACAAUAAAGAGCACCUCUAAAGACUGGACAGUAAAUGAAUGUCUACAGGAAACAAGCACUUGAAGACCUGCUGUGAUUGCUCCCUUUACCCGUGAGUGCUCUGCUUACUUGGCAAGGCUCAGAAAAGGCUGGCCUGCGUACAGAAGCUACUCUAGUGUGUUUAAUGUAAAUAUAUAGUACUCUUUUUUUUUUCUUUUUGAGUAUUGGCACUUGAAAGGUUAGCAUCCACUUGCCUGAGAAUUACUCUCUCUAGAAAAGUCCAGGAUUCUAGGGAGUCACAGGGGUUUUCUGCAUUGUUCAGGACUGCCAGAGACUCUUCAGCCUCUUCACACGAUGGUUCACUGGUAGAAAAAGAAGAGCCUGGGUUUGGGUGACUUGCCUGGGUUGGAAGUGUGGUGGCAGUUUUGGUUUGAGACAGGUUGAAGCUGGAGGAAAAAGCAGGCCCACCUCCUCAAAGUGGCCCUCCGGGGUGGGGCUGCGGAAUGAGGAAAUGUCCCCAUAAACAAAGGAGAAGAGAUUAGGAGAACAAUUCACUAGAGGAUGCUAUACCUACACCUCUGACCACAGCCCAGCCACCAUUGUUUCCGUGGGAAUAUUUUGUCUCCCCUCCAAAGGCACCGCAUCAGUGAACUAAACUGGCUUUAUUCACAUUUUGUUGACACCAGAGUUGAGACCUUCAGCAUGGUAACCUUACAAACAAAUUAACUUGGAUGUAUACAAAUUAUUUCAUCUCAUCCCGUGGAAGUUUAAACAGGUGUGAUAACAACGUAUGCUCUGCUAACAAUGAGCAAAGAGGAAUAACCCACAGUUUGAAUAAGCAGAGAUGACUUUUGUUUCUGUAGCAGUAAACCACUAAUGCAUGAGGGAGAUUUUUUUCUUCUUCUUUGAAUUGGUUGAAUGAACCUCACACUGACCUGAAGUCAUGAUCUGAAGUAGAUAAUGCUGUGUCUAUGGAAAUAGCUGUCUCUGUCAAAAGGAAAGUGUGCUUCAUGUACCAUCAAAACACUGUGCUGGCCUCCUCGCCACUUAGGACUCACAUGCAGAAGGACCUCUGGAAGCACAUGGGGAGGAGGGAGACUUGUGUCCUACACUGGAACCAUUUAAAGAACCAUGUUGAUUCUGGGUAGUUGAUGCUGAACUGGUAGGGGAGGAAGAGCAUUGUUUCCAAGUGGCUAAUCCAAGAAAACUGUUCCUUUUCUUUCCACAGAUGGUCUGGUGAUCCAGAACAUGUGCCAGCUCUAGUGAUGCAGAUUACCUUUCUGCUUCUGGAACCUCAUCUGUGCCUCUGACAUUCUCCUCCCAGCCUGAGACUGCAUAUAUAAAUUGGGAUGUGGGAAAGCAGGAAGCAAAGCUCAUGGUAACUGAGAGGCCCAUAUCUGGGUAGAACCAGGCCCAGGACCACGACACUGCCUCUCCCCUGGUCUGGAGUUCAGGCUGCCGUGGCUCCGCUGAUGUGCUCAGCACCAUCCUUCCAUUUGUGCUUAAAUGGCACAGCAUUUGGUCAGCGCAUCUGAAAAGGAAGGUGUGAGAAGUAAAGCCCAUGGCCACCUAUCCCUGCCAAUUAUGUGGCAAGACGUUCCUCACCCUGGAGAAGUUCACUAUCCACAAUUAUUCCCACUCCAGGGAGCGACCUUACAAGUGCUUGCAGCCAGACUGUGGCAAAGCCUUCAUUUCCAGAUAUAAAUUAAUGAGGCACAUGGCUACCCAUUCGCCCCAGAAAUCUCACCAGUGUGCUCACUGUGAGAAGACAUUCAACCGGAAAGACCACCUAAAAAACCACCUCCAAACUCAUGACCCCAACAAAAUGGCCUUUGGGUGUGAGGAGUGUGGGAAGAAGUACAACACCAUGCUGGGCUACAAGAGGCACCUGGCCCUCCAUGCGGCCAGCAGCGGCGACCUUACCUGUGGGGUCUGUGCCCUGGAGCUAGGGAGCACAGAGGUGCUGCUGGACCACCUCAAAGCCCACGCUGAAGAGAAGCCCCCCAGCGGAACCAAGGAAAAGAAGCACCAGUGCGACCACUGUGAGAGAUGCUUCUACACCCGGAAAGACGUGCGGCGCCACCUGGUGGUCCACACAGGCUGCAAGGACUUCCUGUGCCAGUUCUGUGCCCAGCGAUUUGGGCGCAAAGACCACCUCACGCGACAUACCAAGAAGACACACUCACAGGAGCUGAUGAAAGAGAGUCUUCAGUCUGGAGACCUUCUGAGCACCUUCCACUCCAUCUCUCCCCAAUUUCAAUUGAAGGCUGCCCCGUUGUCUCCUUACCCUUUAGGAGCUCCUGCACAGAACGGGCUUGCAAGUAGCUUGCCAGGUGAGGUACACAGCCACCCCCACAACCCCUCGGAUCAAACCUCCCAGCCUGUACAACCGCUGCCAGAGCCCCUCGCCCCCCUCCACCCCGUAACAUCUCCCAGCUCUCCUCCCCCACCCCUCCAGAAUCACAAGUACAACACCAGUUCUACCUCAUACUCUCCACUUGCAAGCCUGCCCCUCAAAACAGAUACUAAAGGAUUUUGCAAUAUCAAUUUGCUUGAGGACUUGCCUCUGCAAGAGCCUCAGUCACCUCACAAGCUCACCCCAGGUUUUGAUCUGGCUAAGGGAAGUGCUGGUAAAGUAAACCUGCCCAAGGAGCUACCUGCGGAUGCUGUGAACCUAACAAUACCUGCCUCUUUGGACAUUUCCCCCCUCUUGGGCUUCUGGCAGCUGCCCCCACCUGCUACCCAAAAUGCUUUUGGGAAUAGCACUCUCACCCUGGGGCCUGGGGAGUCUCUGCCCCACAGGUUAGGCUGUCUGGGGCAACAACAACAAGACCCCUCACUAGCCAUGAGCACCAUGAGCCUGGGCCAGCUCCCUCUUCCUCCCAUCCCCCAUGUUUUCCCAGCUGGCACUGGCUCUGCCAUCCUGCCUCAUUUCCAUCAUGCAUUCAGAUGACUGGUUUUUAAAGCGUACUUUUCUUAUUCUGGAAGGUGUUUUAAGAAGCAUUUUAAACAUCAGUUAUACUACAAGGAAAGAUACAGAAAGCAGGACUGGGGAUAUGGAUUAUUCAGUGAUGAUGACUGGCUUGAGACGAGAGAGUUCUCGAACUGCAUGUAUUGUGCCAAUCUGUCCUGAGUGUUCAUGCUUUGUACCAAAUUUAAUAAGCAAGUAUUCUUUAAUGGAACUGCAAAUAUCGUCAUAACCGACAUCCAAACGAGGGCUGCUAUAUAUAGGUGUUUGUCAAAUUGAAUUUAAUCGUAAGCCAUGAUCAUAAUGUUAACUAAUUUUAUGUGGCACUGCCUAGUAAGGGAACUAUGGAAAGUUUGGAUUUCUCCAAGAUGGGAGAAUUUUUAAAAUAAGAAAAUAACCUUUAUAUUGCAUAUUAUAACUAGGCUGUGUAUUUCUUUUCAGGGAUUUUUCUACCUUCAGGGUUGGAUGUAGUUUAGUUACUAUUGCCAUAGCCAACCUGUAGUUUUACAGAAACAAUUUCUUGUGGAAUAAUAGACGUCUCCAUUUUAAAAAAGCAUUUUAAAUGUAGUUUGAAUAUUUUCCACAAGAUGCUACAAUGUGAGUUAUCACUUCAUUUAUCUUAAAGACUAAACUGGCUGUCAGUUACAUCUGACAGAAAAAAAAAUCACUGUGUAACCAGGUUAAGUGGUAAAAUAAUCCAGGCGUCAGUCAAAAAAAGCAUUUUGCUGACUUUAAUAUUGAUUAUAUUUUUUAACAGGAAUUUAAGAAAAUAUUACUGGAAUUUUAAAAUAUAUAUAUAUAUUAAACAAGAAUUUCUUUGCUGUCUGGCUUAAAAUACUACUCUGCUUAAGUAUUAUUUUUAAUCACCAAUAAAUGCAUUUUAAAUUCAUCAUUUAAGUCAAAUAUUAGUUUUAUUCAAAAAGGUUAACAUUUGCAAUGUAACUAUAAUCUAUGUCUUGAAUUUGGUAUCUAAUGAGUUUUAAAAACAUAAAACCUAACCUUUUUUUUUAAGCUCCUUUGUCUUUUGUGUUUAGAGGCUUUCUAUAUGAAGAUAUAUCUUACAUAUAAUAAACUCUACAAAUCCUGCA